CCCCCCCCCCUUUCUGUUUGUGCUCAUCAUCUUAUGCUCUGAGUCUAACUCACCAAGGAAGGUCUACGUAAAUAUGGUCAGCAUCAGUUUACAGUACGCUGAAGAACAUCAGCACUGGAAUUAAAUCCACAUUGACAUCUGGGGUGCCUUCAGCUAUUCUUUUUUUAAAGACUCAUCAGCUUCACCUUCCAGGAUUUCACAUCCAAACAUUUGGCUCCGUGAUGUCCUCAGUUGUAGCCCCAGAAAAACCCACCUCCAACACGAUGGGUCCAAAAGAGGUAGAGCUGAUACUUGUAAAGGAACAGAAUGGGGUUCAGUUCACCUCGACCACCUUAGUGACUCCAACUCCCACUCAGACUAACCCCAGUGGGGAGGAAGAGAGGGAGACAUGGGGAAAGAAAAUUGACUUCCUCCUAUCCGUGAUCGGAUUUGCAGUGGAUUUGGCGAAUGUCUGGAGAUUCCCUUAUCUCUGCUACAAAAAUGGAGGAGGUGCAUUUCUGGUACCAUACCUGUUUUUCAUGGUGAUAGCAGGCAUGCCUCUCUUCUACAUGGAGCUGGCUCUGGGACAGUACAACAGAGAGGGGGCAGCGGGAGUCUGGAAGAUAUGUCCCAUAUUUAAAGGUGUAGGCUUUACAGUGAUCCUCAUUUCCCUCUAUGUCGGUUUCUACUACAAUGUCAUCAUCUCAUGGGCAAUGUUCUACCUCUUCUCCUCGUUUACUGGCGAGCUUCCCUGGGUACACUGCAACAACACGUGGAACAGUCCGAACUGCUCUGACUGGGCUGAAAACAGCUCAGUCAAUGACACUUACAAAGCCACCCCUGCUCAGGAGUAUUUUGAAAGGGCAGUGCUCCAUAUUCAGGACAGCAAUGGCAUUGAUGACCUGGGUCGUCCACGUUGGCAGCUGACUUCCUGUCUAGCUGUAGUGAUUGUUCUGCUCUACUUCAGUCUCUGGAAGGGAGUCAAGACUUCUGGCAAGGUUGUGUGGAUCACAGCCACCAUGCCCUAUGUGGUCUUGACUGUGCUGCUGCUCCGUGGAGUCACUCUGCCUGGAGCCAUUGAUGGCAUUAAGGCCUACCUCUCUGUGGACUUCCUAAGACUCUGUGACGCCAAGGUCUGGAUUGAGGCAGCAACGCAGAUCUGUUUCUCGCUGGGAGUGGGGUUUGGUGUGCUAAUUGCCUUUUCCAGCUACAACAAAUUCAGCAACAACUGUUACAGGGACGCCAUCAUUACCAGCUCCAUCAACUCUUUAACAAGCUUCUUCUCUGGCUUUGUGGUUUUCUCCUUCCUUGGGUACAUGUCUCAAAAGCACAACGUGGCUCUAGACAAAGUUGCAAGAGAUGGUGCCGGGUUAGUGUUUGUCAUUUACCCUGAAGCCAUUGCAACACUACCUGGGUCAUCAAUUUGGGCAGUUAUCUUCUUCAUCAUGCUGUUGACUCUGGGCAUUGACAGUGCAAUGGGUGGCAUGGAAUCGGUGAUCACCGGGCUAAUUGAUGAAUUCAAAUUCCUCCACAAGCACAGAGAGCUGUUCACCCUCUUUAUUGUUGUUGCCACCUUUCUCAUAUCCCUCUUCUGUGUAACAAAUGGAGGGAUGUAUGUGUUUACUCUCCUGGACCACUUUGCAGCAGGAACAUCUAUUCUGUUUGGAGUGCUUAUUGAAGCCAUUGGCAUAGCGUGGUUCUAUGGCGUGGACCGUUUCAGUGAUGACAUUGAGGAGAUGAUUGGCCAGCGUCCAGGCAUGUACUGGAGGCUGUGCUGGAAAUUUGUCAGUCCCUGCUUCCUCCUGUUCAUGGUUGUGGUGAGCUUUGCCACAUUCAACCCUCCAAACUAUGGCUCCUACAUGUUUCCUGCAUGGGCUAACAUGCUGGGCUGGUGUCUGGCCAUGUCCUCAAUGACCAUGGUGCCUCUCUACGCCAUCUACAAACUGUGCACACUGCCUGGAAAGUUUUGCGAUAGACUGGCUUAUGCCAUCACCCCAGAGACAGAACAUCAUCUGGUAGACAACGGGGAGGUUCGGCAGUUUACCUUGCAUCACUGGUUGGUGGUCUGAGGGCUACAGGGAAAGUGGGAGAGAGAGCGAGAGAAUGACUGUAAGGACACUGGGUGAAUGAAUGCAUGCACAGCAAACAUCUGAAGGACAAAGAAAAGGAGAGCAGUUUAUUUAAAAACAAUGAUAAUGAUGGUGGGAAGUUUAAAAGUGCCAAGAAAAAAACACAUACACACACACACACACACACACACACACACACACACUGAAAUUGUAGUAUUCUUUCACUUUGUGUGAAGCUGUGUAUUGACUCUCUCCACCGUUUAAUUACUGCUAGUGAAUGGGAUUCAGUUAAACAGUUCAUGUGGUGUUCAGCCUGCUACUUCCAUAAAUGCAAACGUCUCAGAAUUGCGACCAUGCUAGUUUUAGCUUGCUUAAAUAUCAGUGUGAGAAAUGUUCUUGGGUUUUCUUGCAUUAGCCGUUCCCAACAGUGACCAGUAAAAACUACAAGAAGAAUGCAGUAUGUUUUUAAUGUGCAUGGAAAAAUGUCAGUGGGAGCUGUUAAUGAUGUUGAGGUGCUACACACAAUAUCACUUUUUAUUUCUGUUGGUUUAUUUCAUUUUUGAUUAGCUAAUAAAGUUCAAAUGUAUGUGGCCUUUAUUUUCAAUAUUUUUAUGUUUUUAUUGUUAUUAUUGUUUUGGAUCAAAAAUCUUCAAGUAUCCGGUGGUCAGAGAGGAAUGAAAGGUUCAGUGCUCAAAGUUUUGCUGAAUCCCAGUCCAUAUUAUGUUGAUGUCACUAUAUACCUGUUUGCUGUUUCUGUUUAAAGACUGUUAUGAUGUUAAGACACUGUCAGAAUUUCCUGCGGGAUACACCAACUUUUGUUUACAACAAAAUAAAUCCACAGGUCUUUCCUUUAGCGGCAAGCCCAACAUUUUAUUAAACUAAAAUGAUGUCAGGGUAAGUAUGAGCUUUAGUUCCAAACCGUCAUUUAUAACAGCUGCCCUGGAGUCAUACUGGCUCAAAACCCAUUCUAAAGUUUCAAAUAACUGUCACUGAUAGAAAAAUGGCAUUAGCCAAGCUGCUGAUUUAAUCAACCAAAGAACACAGCGAGUUCAAAAAUUCAGACAUCACUUCACCAAAUGAGAGUAUUUUGCUGAGGGAUGUUCUUUCUUUUAAACAGUACACAAUGUAUCUAAGAACACUUACUCUCCACGCAUUGUAACAAAUUGUGCCCCCCCCCACCCCCACCCCCCUUCCACAAAGUUUCAGGUUGGGAUUUGGAGACUGACUGUCACAUUUCCUCCAGAAAGCAUAAAGCUUUAAUUUUAUAGUUUACAUUGUCUUAUUCAGUAUCUCAAGACUGUUUAAAAGCUGCUUUUUUUUUUUUUUUUGGUAACUGCAAAUAAAUAGUGUGUAAUGUAAUAAAUUAAUAUAUCUGUGUAAGUAAAUGUAAUGUAGAGAGCCUUGUAUUGUACUGUAUGAUAUUAAACAACUAACUGCAAACACAUAAACACACAUAUAUCCAUUUAAGAUUUACAUAAAUUUUUUUUCCCUCUUGCAAACUCUUUUUGUUUAAUCAGAAAACAAGCAGUCCUUCCCAAACAGGUCAAUAACAACUUAUUAUUAUUCCUUAUGGUACAUGUAACACUAAAAGGAUUAUGUCCCAAAUUGUAUGCCUGUGUUGCUGUACUGUGCC